AUGAAAACUGCUGUAAUAUUCGCUGUCAGUAUGACAAUAGUAUUACAAUCUAAGAACGUCUCUAACAAGCUGACAGACUGUCCUUCCCAGAUUCCACAUAUCAUUACUUUCUUCAACGUUUUGGCUGUCGCUUUCGCUCUUCUAACACCUCAGCAAGAAGUGGUGAUCGUGAAGGAGACACCAUUGGACAAUAUCGGUGUUGAUGGUUACAACUAUGGUUAUGAACUUUCAAAUGGUCAACAUCAUGAGGAAUCAGCUCAAUUAACGAAUGCUGGCAGUGAAAAUGAAGUUCUUGCUGUUAGGGGUAGCUUCGGUUGGGUUGACCCAGUUACCAAUCAAAAAUAUACCGUCAAUUACAUUGCCGAUGAGAAUGGUUUCCAUCCGCAAGGUGAACACCUUCCAUCGGUCUGA